AGGAGGAACGACCUACGAAGGGCACUUCACAAAAAGCCUAAACAAAGAACGGAGAAUAGGCGAAAAUGGAAUUCCAGGAUCACGCUUACACCAGCACCACUUAUGAUAAAGACAGCCCCGUGGAGUUCACAUAUAAAAUGAGUUCAAAAGAAGUUGAAGACUUUGUGAGACUGAGGGUUUCAAAUAAUUACCUCUUCUCUGGAAGAAGAAAUACUUCCAUGUGGGCAUGGAGGUCCAUCCUCAAACAUAUGGGAUUGCAACACAAGAUGACCCAUAGUCAAGCAUCCAAAAAAUGGGAAAACAUGAAGAAGCGGUACAAGGAGCUAAAAAACCCUCCAGAUGGGGUGAAAGUGUUCCCUGAAACGUGGACUCAUUUCACCCUGAUGGACGAUGCUAUAGAGGGUCGGCUGGAAGGCAGUGCCCCCAUCCUCAAGGCUUUACCCAGCGACAAAGACAACUGUGAUUUCUUAUCCAUUUCCAAACCCAAGAAAAGGAAGGUAUCCAUGGUGAUAUCCCCCCCUACAGCUUUGGUAGCAGGUGGGCCAGAGAUCGAGGUUUCAUUAAAUGGAGACGAGGAUAGGGAGGAGGAGAUGGGGGAGGGAUGCCAGGACAUAGAUCGCAUCAUGCUGGAGGUGGACAACGAGAGGAAUGUGAUGGAGAGAGAAAGACAGGUGAUGGAAAAGGAGAAACAGAUGAUGGAAAGGGAGCGGCAGGUACUGCAGAGGGAGAGGGCAGCACUGGAUCGGGAGGUCGCUGCCCUGGACCGAGACCGAGCCUCGCUGGAGAGAGAGAGGGCGAUGAUAGAGCGAGAGAAGGCGGUGAUGGAGAGGGAGAAGGCGAUGGUGGAGAAGGACAGAGAUGCUGUGUGCAGGGACCGACUGGCUCUGGAGCGAGAGAAGGCCAGACUGGAGAGACUAUAUGCAUCAAAAGAAAGGACUGAGGACGUUACAGAAGACAGCAGCAACAUGAAAGACACCGAUGUCAUGGACAGGAAGGAACGGUUCCUUCAAUUGUUUGAAAAACUUAUAGAAAACUUUUGAGAGAAUCUUUGGA